AUGGCGCGCGGAGAGGGGGUGAGGAGGGCGGGCCUGGUCCGCCUGGUGGUCCUGGUCCUGCUCUGGGACCUGGUCCUGGCCCAGAUCCGCUACUCCAUCCCAGAGGAGCUUGAGCACGGGGCGUUCGUGGGGAACCUCGCGGAGGACCUGGGUCUGGCGGUGGAGCGGCUGUCCGCGCGCCGCUUCCGCCUCGUCUCGGGCGCCAGGCGGCAGUACCUCGAGGUGAACCUGGAGAACGGGGUCCUGUUCGUGAACGAGCGCAUCGACCGCGAGGAGCUGUGCGAGGAGACCCCGUUCUGCUCCUUCCACCUGCAGGUGGUGAUGGAGCGGCCGCUGGAGCUGUACCGUGUGGAGGUGGAGAUCACGGACGUCAAUGACCAUUCGCCCGGGUUCCCGUGGAGCGCCUUCAACCUGGACAUCUCCGAGUCCGCCGUGCCGGGCUCCCGGUUCCCGCUGGAGAGCGCGCAGGACCUGGACGUGGGCACCAACUCACUGCGCACAUACCUGCUCCACGUCAACGACCACUUCCUGCUGGACGUUCAGACGCGGAGCGACGGCAGCAAGUUUGCCGAGUUGGUGCUGGAGUCCCCGCUGGACCGGGAGAAGCAGCGGAGCCACCAGAUGGUGCUGACCGCCGUGGACGGGGGGUCACCGGAGAGGACCGGCACCGCGCAGAUCGACGUCACGGUGUUGGACGCCAACGACAACGCGCCGGUGUUCGAGCGGUCGUUCUACCGCGUGAGGCUGGCGGAGAACGCACCGCAGGGCACCGUGGUGAUCCGGCUAAACGCGUCCGACCUGGACGAGGGUCCCAACGCGGACAUCACCUACUCCUUUAGCGGACACGCGCCCGUCAAAGUGCGCGAGCUGUUCGGUGUGGACGCGCGCACCGGGGAGAUCACCGUGACGGGGGUGAUAGAUUACGAGAAGGCGCGCAUGCACGAGAUCUACGUGCAGGCUAAAGACAAGGGUCCGUCCGCCGUGGCGGUGCACUGCAAGGUGCUCGUGAACGUCCUGGACACCAACGACAACACGCCGGAGGUCAUCCUGACGUCGGUGUCCACGCCGGUGCAGGAAGACGCGCCACCGGGCACCGUCAUCGCCGUCAUCAGCGUCACGGACCGGGACUCCGGGGAGAACGGGAACGUGGACUGUGAGAUCCCGCACCACGUCCCGUUCCAGCUCCACUCGUCCUUUAAGAACUAUUACACCCUGGUGACCUCUGACCUCCUGGACCGGGAGGCCGUGGCGGAGUACAACAUCACCGUGACCGCGCGGGACAUGGGCACGCCGCCGCGCUUCACCCGGAGGACCAUCGUGGUCCAGGUGGCCGACGUGAACGACAACGAGCCCCGCUUCAAGCAGCCGUCGUACACCGUCUACCUGACGGAGAACAACGCGCCGGGCGCCGCGCUGUGCGCCGUCACCGCCCUGGACCCCGACGCGGGCCAGAACGCCUACCUGUCCUACUCCCUCCUGGACGGCGGGGACAUCGGCGGGAUGCCCGUGUCCACCUACGUGUCCGUCAACUCGGACAACGGGAACAUCUACGCACUGCGCUCCUUCGACCACGAGCAGCUCAGGAGCUUCCAGGUCACGGUUCAGGCCCAGGACGCGGGCUUCCCGCCGCUCCGGAGCAACGUCUCGGUGGACGUCUUCGUCCUGGACCAGAACGACAACACCCCCGUCGUGGCGUCCCCGCCGGCGGCCCGCAACGGAACGGCCCCCGGCGGAGACGCGGUGCCCAGAGCGGCGGACGCCGGCUUCCUGGUGGGCCGGGUCAGCGCGUCGGACGCCGACUCGGGGCAGAACUCGCGGCUCUUCUACCAGGUGCUGCAGGCCACCGACCCGGGCCUGUUCAGCGUGGCUCUGUACACGGGCGAGAUCCGGACCAACCGGAGGCUGGUGGACACCGACGCCGCGAGCCACCGACUGCUGGUGCUGGUCAAGGACAACGGGCAGCCGCCGCUGUCGGCCACCGCCUCCAUCACCCUGUCACUGGUCGACAGCGCGCCCGAGUCACAGCCCGAUCUGGGUGACCUUGCGCCGAGCCCUUACUACUACGGCCAGGACUACACGGUGUACUGGAUGGUGUCGCUGGGGGCCGUGUCGCUGACGUGUCUGGUGGCCAUCAUCGUCCUGCUCGCCGUGAAGGGCUACCGAGACCGCCGCUCCGACGGCCUCGCCGGCUGCGGGUGCUGCGGCUCGCGGGAGAAGACGAGCACCGCAGACAUGUUCGUGAAGUCCAACAUGAGCGGGCCGAUGACCACGGGCGCCUCCAGCGGCGCGGACGGGGCUGGCGGCGGGGGGCCCAUCUCGCAGGUGUACUGUUACAAAAUGUGUCUGACCCCGGAAUCUUCCAAAAGUGACUUUAUGUUUCUGAAGCCGUGCAGUCCUGUAAUGAGCGUGCAGGCACAGAAUAACGCCCGGGGCAAAGACUAUCUGACAUCUGGGUGGAGCGCGCUGGAGCGCAACGAGCUGGUGAACAACACAACGCCUAAUGAGUUCAAGGACACUCACAAGGACUGGACUUUGACCAAGAACCUGAAGAACUCAGCUUACAAGAGGUACAGUUCUGUGAACAUGGAGACCUUGCUGCCCCCCCACCUCCUCUCUGACGGGAUGUCCGGCUCCCAGGACGAGUUCUCCUGCUCUGUGGCCCCCCAGUACUGGACCUGGGGGAACCACAUGCGUGAAUGUAAAAUAUCUCUUCAAGAAGAGCGCGUGGUCCCCGACUACUCAUGGACUACAAAGACCAUGAUGCCUCAGUGUUCCUACACGUCACCUGACUACCAGCACAACGUCCACAUCCCGGGCGCGGCGUCGGGGUACUGCACCCUGAAGCCCCGGACCAGCACCCCCCGCGGGGAGCUGGACGUCUACAACUCCUUCUCCACCUUCGGCAAGAAGAAGAGGCUGCUGGCGAGCUACGAGCAGACGGUGGCGCGGGACGCGGGUCUGAUGAUCGCUAACGGCGAACUGUUUCAGUGA